GUCGCGCGCGGCGCGGCGGGGGGUGCCGAACCCGCAUUCCAGGAAGCGAGUCUGAUGGUGAGUGGCAGCAAGAUGGAGUGCCAUCCCCGCAACGCUGUGAAGAAGGACAGGCUGUCCGUCGAAGGAGACCUGGCGAUUCUCGACCUUCCCCUGGUUCCGAUCGCGAACGGGAGCGCCGCGAAGCUCCUUGCGCUUGCGGACGUGAUCAUGAGCCACGAGGGCGACAUUGACUUUACACAGUUGCAUGAGUUGUGUCGCCAGGGCCGCUUCAAAGAGUUGCAGCCGCCCCUCGCUUUCAAGCGCGAGCCAGCUCGCGGGGUCGAUUUCGGUAGCAACUGCAGGGAUGGAUCCGCAGCUUUCCAACUCAUGAUGGAGGAGCUGGAGGGCUCCCAGGCCAGGCCCCGCACGUUGAAGCCGCAGCGCGAGAAGAAGACGCCGUUGGAGCAGGAUGAACGCAGCGAAGGACACAUGUUCAUCCGCGAGCAUGGCCCCCGCUCCAGCGACAGGUCCAAUGCGAAGCCGAUCGCCCGUUGGACCCUGGCACUCAAGGAUUUCUCUUGGUGUUUCUCAAGCGGCGUGCUGCAGAACAUGUUCGGCAGCCUCGACCAGCGCGGGAUUUUGCGGCGCGGCAAAUCUGAAGUCGGCAAGAGCAGCGCCUCUAAGACGAUUGCUUACGUCUGUUCUACCCCCUGCAUUCAGCGGAAGUGCACGGACGAAGAUGCGGCGUUCAUGACGGCGAAGCACAUGGUCCAGGACAGGCGCUGGACCCUUGGCCUCGCCAG